GUGGUCGGAGCGCCCAUUCGCCUUUACCAAAUUGCCAAAGCUGCUCGGUGACAUAGGCAAAGACGCCCUCACGGAGAACCGGAUGCAUGCCCGUUGGGUCAGUCGGUCGUGGUAUGUUCUGCUGGUCGAGCCGUGCGUUUAACUCGGUUUCGGUGAGUCUCCUUGGCGCCGCCUCUGCAUUGCGUCUGCCAAUUUCCGCAUCGUUUCGGUGGGGGGAAGGCGCUCGUGCUGUAGAGGUGGAGGAGCCUUCGUACUUGUUCUCAUUACAGUGUGGAGAGCUGUCCGAGAAGCUUUCGCCCAGAGUAGGCAGCUCGCGUUUAGCCUUUUCACCAGCCAUGCUUCAGUAUUGGUCGAACCUUUUCUGCAAGUGGAAGCUGCUGGGCCAAGUGCGCGAAUGUGUGCUAGCGAACUCGUUGUUUAUGGGCCGGGAAGGAAGUGCUCGAGGCAUCAAGAGAUCAGGAGCCUUAUGGGAAAACCUGGGGUGAUAUCAAUCGUUCCCGCGGACGAGGCUGAAAGUGUGGAGUGUCCAUGG